GCACCACUCUGUUUAGGCCCUUUCAGGCAAUUUGAUAUGUAUAAACUAGAUAAUGUUUAGGAUUGUAUGGUUGUUUUUACUUCAAGAGAUAGUGCACAAAUGAUCAGAAGUUUACGUACUCCCAAAUAUCCUUUACACAUCAUCAUACAACCUCUGGAAACCCUAUCCGUGGCUCAGAUGAUUGAUUCAGCGAGCUGGUCAGCUCAGGAAGCGUUGGAUCCAGAACAACAGAUUGGACACUCCAGACGUCUGUACUGGAUCUGGAAUGAGAAAAGUAGAUUUCUACAGACUGUAUCGGAGCUCAACCCGUUCCGGUCAGUUUACUUCGCCUGGCUAGAUAUUGGAGCACUCAGACAUUCCAGUUGGAAUGGCGAGCUGAUGAUGAAACGAUUACCCAAGGAAGCAGGAAUUCUUUUGCUCGGAGUUGGAGCUUUUUCACCUGAAGAACUUGUUAUAGAGAAUGGAACUUCACUUGCAGAUUUCUCCAAGGUUGACCGUAUUGGAGGGGGCAUGUUUGGUGGCAGUUUAGAGAACGUGCAAAAAUGGAGUAAAAUGUAUUACACAACACUGAAAAGGUAUUUCUUAAGCUCACGGUUCGGUGGAAAGGAUCAGAGUGUUAUGGCGACUACAUGUUUACAGUCAGAUAUUUGUCUAAUAUUAGGAGACACACCUAGGUGGUUCCUUCUCCAAGAAUACUAUAUGGGACGAAUACCGGAUGAACCAAAAAGAUUAAAUCUAACAAAAUAAAGUUGUUUCUUUAUAAAUGAUGCUCUCUUUGUUAUCAAUCCAACUCAAAUAUCAAAAUCCAGACUUUCUGACUUUCCAAUUUAGUGAGAAAAAAUCCGCCAUAUUGAAGAAAUUUCCUAUAUUAAAGGGAAAAUUGCAGAUUCAAAAGGAGAUUGUGAGUUGUAUGGAAUAGUUUGCCAAUUUGAUUAGAUCUCUUUGAAUUAUAACCGUUCAUCUUUCAAUACAAGAUGCCAAUCAUCUUUAUAAUAUGUUGCGCACAAUCUUUCUUUUACAAUAUGUACAAUAUUUAAUUAUAAUUGUAUCCAAACUACGCCAUUUGUGUCACAAAAUUUAUACCUCUCAAUAUUAUUUUACCUUAUUACUUAUUUUUGUUAAAUACUUUCUUUUGGCAGUGAAUUCAUAUUUAUGAAUAUUAAAGGGACCCUUCACUUAUUUGAGUAUUUUUAGGGUAACAAUAAAUGCCUUAUUAGCUAUUCAUUGGUAUUGUUACUUUUGAAAUCUAACUGUGGCCGAAUAUGUUUAAAUAUAUGUAUACUAUAUGAUUAAAAGCUGUGAUAAAUAUAUUUCUUAAAGGCA